CAAUAUCACCCGCUCCGAGCUAAGCCGGGAUGCUCAAGUGAGCUUCCUGGAGUUGAAGCUUUGGAUGCCCAACUUAUUCAUAUAAAGGUUUGGUUUAACUGGAUUGGUUUCAGUACUAGGAAGGGAAAAUUGACUUUGAAGUUCUUGCGGACUGAUAAUGAACUUAUUGAACAUCAGCAUGGCACCACUGAAAUCUCGAAAUCAAUGGUUGAUGAUAGUGCUACUACAACUGAGAAACCUGAGAUACACAGCAGUUUUUCUGUGUUAGCCAAGGAAACUUUGAAGGUAGCUAUCAUACAUUUCAGCAAUAAAUGGCACAGGCGUCUAUCAUUCAUUUGGAGACAUAUAUUGCACGUAGCACAGAGUUUCCAAAAGCUAUGGAAUAUUACGGGCAUCUCGUUAAACCUUGAUGUUCCCAAAUGGUUAAGAAUACUUCAUUUGGACCGGGCUAAUACACAUGCAGGGUUCAAGAAGGCGCGCCUAGGCGCUAGGCGGUGGAGGAUCGCUUGACUUGGCCAUAAGCGUUGUAAAAGGCGUUGGUAGCGCUUAGUAGGUAGGAACAACGCUUAGUUUGCGCCUAGUGGAGAGAAGGCGUGCCUGGGCGUUCCUGGACGAGCUUAGGCGGUUAAACCCAAAACUCUUCGUUUUGUCCUAGAAAAUCAGAAAAUUGCCUCUUUCCCUAGAAAAUCAGAAACACGGGAAGAGGAUGACCAUGCUAUGUAUGUAUUCGUAGAUGAGGAUGAAGAAUCAUAUUGUGCACCCUCGAGUACUGUUACAGAUGCAAUGGCGGGUGAACAGAGUGAGCUUCGCACGAGUGCACGAGUGAGAGAGCUCCAUGAUGAAGAAUUAGAGUCUGAAGAGGAGGAUGGUGAGGAGAUUGCUUUUGAGGAUGAUGAAGAUGAAGUGGUGGCUGGACGGACCUAAUUGGAUGAUGAAGAAUGAGCAUUUUCGUAUGAACUUAUUGACUAUUGUUUAGUAUUUCGACAUUUUAUGAACUUGUGAUUCUAGGAAGUGGUCUCUAUUUGCUUGUUAUUUGCUAUGUUAAGUGUUUACUGUUAAGAACUAGGCAUUGCUAAUUUUAUAUGCCCUUGGAUUAUAUGAAUUCCAGAAAACAGGAA